CUUAUCUAUAUUCUAAAACCGUGGAAGAAGAAUUAUCGACAAUUGUGUCUUUAUCACGAACAUCUACCAAGGUUACCAAAACGCUGAGACCAGACAAAUCUGAUGACCAGUAUUAUUUAUGACGAUGGUGAUGUUAUAUUUUAUUGUCGCAGCAGAUAAUUUAUUAUCCGUUCCGUCUGUGUUCUAAACCAGCGAAAAAAGUGUUACCGAAAGUUGUUUGUCUGGUCGUACCGCCAUCAUAGCCAUUGCUAGAAUAGAGUUCUUAAUGCUCCCUCAACGAGUUUUCCACGAUUUCCACCACCACUGUUGGCCGGAUCACGUGCUCGCCCCUACUCCAUCCUUCUACAAAAGCAAUUAUAGAUUCAUUCAGUGGUAGCAGCGCCAGUGCUGUCCAGACCCUCGUGUCAGGAAGAUCGUUUCCAUGGUCUUUCGAUAUUUCAUUUAUCAAACAUUUAAAUAGAAACUAGGUUUGAAAAGAAAUGAACACUAUAUACCUUCACUGCUUUCUCCUCGAGUCGACGAGCUAGCCUGAGAAUUUUGUCAAUUUUCAAUUGUGCUUCGGCGACAGAUUAUUUUUAGCAGUGCUUCGAGCUAUUUUCGAGACGUGAGGUGAAAGUGGAAGUGCCUUUUCGGAGAAAGUUUCAUAGGGGAUUUCUUCCCGGUGGUCACCAAAUUACAAAAACUUAUUUCGAUACAAGACUGUUAUGCUGAAAGUAAUAUAAUUCUGCACAAAAUGUUGACAGUAAUGUGUCCAAACUGUCGUCAUCGGUUUCCAGCUCCUGGUUGCUGUGAACCACAAAACGUAGACAAAAAUAAUGGUUUUAUUCACCCGACGGCUUGUUAUUAUGGUGGGCUUCUAGUUCCUAAAGGAUACACCAGUGGUGGUGGUUGCUUUAUAAAUGCUCCCACUAUUAUUCACAGUCAGCCUAUUAUUAAUUCUUUUAACCAUCCAUCUGUGGCAUUUGAUUUAGAAAAACCAAGAAUCGAUAAACAAAAGGAUAUUUUCCUACAAAGAUCUGAAAAAGACAUUAGAGGUCAUGGAUUUCCAAUAUUCAAUCACGAAAUUGAAAAGAAUCAGAAUUGUGGGAGUCAAAUCACAACAAGUUGUGAUUUAACUGGUGGUAGUGUAACAAUAACAACACCAAGCAUACAAUCCGGAGGUUGCUUGAUUCAAAGCACAGACUCUGGUGUCCUCAUGCAGACGCCACAUAUGGAAAUCCGUCCGAAAUUAUCUGGUGGCGGCUGUUUUGUACAAAAAACAUUAGCAACUGAAAAUCAAGAGGUAUCAAUUACACUUUCGGAGCAAAAAGGUCAGCAAGAAAGUGCCGAACGAGAUGGUAGAAUGUUUCUGUUACCACCAAGUGGAUGUCAAGAAUUACCUGGGAUUCGGAGAAAUCUCUUACCUCAGAAAACGGAUGUGGAAACUUCAAUAGGAAAUUUUAUGGCCGGAAACUGUGAAGAAAAACCUAAUCUUUCCAACUUCCAAGCUAAUACUGCAUCAGCCAUGCACAUUCAACAAUCCAGUAAUUCUGAGAAAAACGACCAAGAAACAGAGGCAGGAAAAAAUUUCAACUGCUGUUGCAAUCAUAUGCAGAAUCUUUAUCAUGUUAAAUCCAAUAAUCCAUCAAUGUCUGAAAAUCGUAAUUCUGUACUGUUGGAUUCUAAUCCAGGAGUUCAAAUACAAGUAAACGCAACUGUACAACUUCCUGCCAGUUUAGGACAGUGUACAGUAAAUAUAACAGCAACUACUGCAAAUCCUCCGAAUUCUGUGUCAAGUACAGCAUCGAAAACUAGAAACAAUUUUAAUGGUGGAGGUUUGGUACAAAAAAAUGAAGUCGAGGGCAACGAAGAACAUUUUGAAGAAAGAAGGGAUAGAACGCCGACUACACCAGUCUCGUGGCUAAUGCCUUGCCCCUGGAGUUUCGAUAGUUAUACGAUGGAUAGAGAUGCGGCUAGACUUUGCGAAGUCAAAAGACUUUUACAUAUAUGUGGUUGGUAUCACGAAGGCCUUAGUUGGCAACAGAGUGAAAAUUUAUUGAAAGAAGCUGCGGUAGGACGGUGGUUGAUGAGAGACAGUUCGGAUAGCAGAUUUACCUUUGCUAUAUCUGUACAAACUGCCAGAGGACCUACCUCUGUUCGAGUUCACUAUUUUUUAGGACAGUUUCGAUUAGAUGCUGAACCUAGACUUGCUUUUGCUAUCCCACUUUUUGAUUGUCCAAUCAAAAUGUUAGAAUAUUACGUGGAAUAUUCAAAAAGUGUUGACGAACACAGGAAAGAAGUUUGGGUAGACUAUAGCGGCCAACUUUAUAGCGAGAUUUAUUUGACAAAGCCUUUAGUUAAGGAAGUUAGGUCUCUUAGUCAUUUAGCCAGGCUCGUGGUGAAUAGGUGUAAAUUGCCUACUGAACACUUGCCGCCACUAAUUAAAAGUUAUCUUGCAGAAUAUCCGUAUACUCUUUGAAAAAUAAUGCGUUACGUGUUUUUCUGAUUCCUGGAGGUAUUCACUUCAAAAUAUUUUAAAACUUAUUUAAACAGUGUUUCAAUAAAUUGACAAGAAAUUCCGAGUAAAGACAAUGUUUAUAUGGAAGUUCAAUAGUUGAAGAUACGUUUCUUGUUUCAUUUUCAAACACAAUUUACUUUUUUUAUUCGAAAUAAAUUAUGUAGUUAAACAUUAUUUCAGUUAAAUCGAUUAAAUGCGGCUCAUAUGUUGCAUAUUAGUGUAACGUCAAAAUGAUAGUUCCAUAAAUCAGAAACACCGAAGAAUACCUUUAUUUUUAUACAUUCUACAAUUACUUGUAUCGGAAUUUGUAUGUUCGAUGUAAUACGAAAUACACCGUAUAAUCAACUGUAUCGAAAGCUACAUUUUCGUAAAUUUGAUUAACAAUUGAGAAUAGUGGGCCAUAUUUAAUGAAAGGGGUAUGUAACGAUAACAAUUUCGAAAGUUAAACGAAAGUAUGUCACUUACUUUGUAGUCAGUAAAGCAUAAUAUUAAAAGAUUGAUUGUUCGACCGAGUCCUUUUUAAUCUUUUAAAAUCCUCCUGAAGGACAGGGUACCAUUUACAUACCCUGCUUGGACCAAACAAAAUUGUAGACGGUCUUUUCCUUCAUUAACGAUUAGAGGAAUGAUGUGGUUUUAAGUUUUCCAUAACGCAUAUAUUAAUCAAUUUUUUCCGACACUAUAAUUAACUAGAACUUUUUUACCGUUAUAGUGAACGUAAUUAUUUUGAAAUGACGAAUGAAGAAAAACGAUUACUUAAAAUGACCUUCUGCGCAACAUAGUUUUAAAACCAGGAAGAUACGUUAUGGAAUUAUUAAUGGAAAAUUAAGUUAAUACAAAGCUCGGUCACUUCUGAUAUUUCUUGAGCAGUGAUUGGCAAUGUGUGCUUAUAGUUGCAAAUCAUUGCUCUGCACUGAAACUGUUCAAGAACAGUAAGAAUGAUAUUAAAUCAGCUUCAGUGAAGGAAUUAUAAGGCAGUAUUAGAAUUUAAAGCAUCGAUUUGACUCUUCAUUUCCUAAUAAAAGUGAUAACAUAGCUAUGAAACAAGUAGUUUAUACAAAAAUUAUUGCGUAUGGGAGUGCAUAUGUAUAAAAUAAUUUCGUAGUGCGAGAAAUGUACAGAUGAAUGUUUUUCAUACGAUUUCUGAAGGUACAUCUGAAUUAAUUUAAGUAAUCCAUAGACGACCAAGAACAUCUUUUAAUUAUUCUACUUGCAUAAACAUUCCAUUGAUGUUUGUGCAUAAAAGUUGCCAAAAAAUAGUAGAAACAUGUAUCAAUAUUUUUAACUUCCACAUGUUGAGUUGACGUAUUGCAUAAUCAUAAUAGGAAUGGAUACUAUUUCUUGACGGUGUAUCUUGUUUACUGAAAUUCGACCCAGAUAAUUAUUAAGCACGCUUGGUUGCCUAUGGAUUAGUUUACGAAGUGCAGCUUAUUUUUAAACAAAUAUUGAAUGUAACAAAGAAAUCAAAUUUUAAAUGUGACUGUCGUCUGUGUAAUGUACAAUCUGACAGUAUAUAGGGUGAUCCGUUUAAGUGGAC